AGUAGUCAUGGUUCUGUCCAAUGAGAACAGACUCCAUGUGUUCAGGCUCCUUCUUUCUGACCCUGCUCGCUCCUUCUAUUGUAGCGGGGACAAACUGUCGGGCGCCGUGCAGCUGGAGGCCGCUCACACAUGUAGAGUCGUCCGCCUCACUGUCACCGCAGCUGGCUGCGCCCGUGUUGACCAUCGCGGCGGGAAGAAACGCAAGAACUGCUGCCAGGAGGUCGAGUACCUGAAAUAUGAGGAGGAGCUACGACUGGAGGCGGAGCUUAGUAAAGGCUCAAACGGUAACUUCCUGCUGCAGGCCGGAAAAACCUACAAUUUCCUGUUUGGCUUCGAGCUGCCCGCUGCCGGGCGUCUUGUGUCGUCCUAUAAAGGAAAGUUUGGCUCCGUUCGGUACUACGUGCGUGCGUCUCUGGACAGACCUUCCCAGAAUGCUUUGCAGUGUGAGCGUGAGUUUGAGGUGGAGGAGCCGCUGGACGUGAACCGACCAGACCUGCUGGCUCCGGCUGCAGCCUCGGCUCAGAAAAAAGUCACCUGCAUGUUCAUCCCUGACGGACAGGUGUCAAUCAGUGCUCAGAUCAACAGGAAGGGCUUCUGUGAGGGCGAGGACAUCGAUAUCAACGCCAAGUUCGAGAACACGUGUUCACGCAUCGUCGUGCCGAAGGCCGCCAUCAUCGCCAAACAAACAUACAUCACAGACGGAUGCACAAAGGUGCUGCGUCAGAAGCUGGCGGCGGCGAGGGGGAACCACAUCAUCUCGGGGAUGUGUGACAUGUGGCAGGGAAAGACCAUCAGAGUCCCCAAGCUGAAGCCCACGCUGCAGGGCUGUGACAUCAUCAGGGUGGACUACGCCCUCAUGAUCUACCUGCACGUCCCUGGCAGCGAGAAGCUGGCGGUGGAGCUGCCGCUGGUCAUCGGGACGAUCCCGUUCAGUGGCGUGGGCAGCAGGACGAGCAGCAUGAGCAGCCAGGGGGGGGCGUCGCUGAGCAGCUGGGCCUCGCUCCCCUCCGCCCCCCCGAGCUACAGCAACAUCCACCUGAGGGGGGACGCCACGCUCACCCCCCUGCUACAAGACUAUGACGGGGGAGAGGACGACGACGAGGGCGGGCUGUUCAUGAGAACGCCCCUACUGUCACACCUCCUCUCCCCUCCCCCCGCCUACAGCGAGGUGGAUCUGAGCUCUGAGAACCCCCCUCCCCUGGUCCAGGACCUCCCCACAUGACCACGCCCACAUAUACACGGUCACGCCUCCUACAGCUUCUGUAACUGUGACAACAGUUUGAUGACUCAGCAGUUGGCAGUUUCUCUGUGAUGACUCGACAGUUUCUCUACGAUGACUCUAGUUUCUCUGUGAUGACUCGACAGUUUCUCUACGAUGACUCAACAGUUUCUUUGUGAUGACUCGACAGUUUCUCUACGAUGACUCUAGUUUCUCUGUGAUGACUCGACAGUUUCUCUACGAUGACUCAACAGUUUCUUUGUGAUGACUCGACAGUUUCUUUGUGAUGACUCGACAGUUUCUCUACGAUGACUCAACAGUUUCUUUGUGAUGACUCGACAGUUUCUCUACGAUGACUCAACAGUUUCUUUGUGAUGACUCGACAGUUUCUUUGUGAUGACUCGACAGUUUCUCUACGAUGACUCAACAGUUUCUUUGUGAUGACUCGACAGUUUCUUUGUGAUGACUCGACAGUUUCUCUACGAUGACUCAACAGUUUCUUUGUGAUGACUCGACAGUUUCUCUACGAUGACUCAACAGUUUCUUUGUGAUGACUCGACAGUUUCUUUGUGAUGACUCGACAGUUUCUCUGUGAUGACUCGGCAGUUUCUCUGUGAUGACUCAACAUCACAGCAGUUUCUCUGUGAUGACUCGACAGUUUCUCUACGAUGACUCAACAGUUUCUUUGUGAUGACUCGACAGUUUCUCUACGAUGACUCAACAGUUUCUCUGUGAUGACUCGGCAGUUUCUCUGUGAUGACUCAACAUCACAGCAGUUUCUCUGUGAUGACUCGGCAGUUUUUUUGUGAUUAAUUCUAUUCUAAAUAUGUGCAUGGAGUGUUUCUUACGUACAGCGUAACUUUUGACAAACUCAGCUGUAAAUAUGAUGUAAAUAAAAACAUUUUAUUUUUAUAUUAAAA